AUGUCUCCAAAACAAAAUCAAACCUACUCUCAACCUCCCACUAAAUUUUCGAAACCUGCCAACCACCGAAACAAUCACACGAAACGAACACUAUAUCUCGGGGGACCAUUUCGCGUAGACGAUGCUCAUUCGUUGGUACCGGACGAUGCCUCCACCACGGACCUGGAAGCAUUCCGGGACUACCACUGGUUGGAUACUCCAGACUCCGCCACGGCGACUCAAAAGCUUUCCAAGAGCGUGCUGCAGGCGCGUGAUUACUCCGCCGUGAGGCAGGGUGUCGUGUUGGCAUCCACGGAGGACUUCGACACGCUGAGCCUUCAAUCUUCGGAUGUUGGUGACGAACGACGACAUCAGACAGCUUGCGACAAUGACCGUGUAACGCCACCGGUACGUGCCACUAAACUGCGCAAAGACUUUAACCUGGACCUAGACGUUGACUCAAACGCUCCAAGAAAAACGGAACGCAAGACACACUUCGAAACCCACUCUAAUCGGGGCACUUCACCAAUGACAGAUAUUGCCGAAUCGCCAGAUAGUGUGCAUCGUUAUGCGCGUGGUGAAUCGCCCGCUAUCAAGCUUGUUAUAGGUCGUAAAGAGAUUAAAACUUCCGACACAUCGGCUAUCACAGAAAGUCGUUUGACCGUCUAUGGUCAUAAGGACAUGGAAAUAUCUAUAAGUUCUCAAUCAACGAUCAGUUUGACUACGACGACUACUUCAAAAGAUGGCCGUGAGGUUAGUUCCGAAGUUAUUAGCACGACUGGGACAGGCACAAAAGAUUCUACCACCACCAAACGCUACAAACAGUUCAAAUUAAUCGACGACGACGAGGAAUCGGAACGCGUGGAGCGUAAACGUGACGACACAGUUUCGUUUUCGAAAAAGAAAAGUGUUUAUCUUUUCGGUAGUUUUGAUUCUAGCAGUGACUCUCCAAUAACCGAAGCGAGUGGUUCAGGACACGUGACGGAUACGGGAAUUUCGCUAACGCGUGGUUUUACUGAAACCAUGACAUCCCCCGGUAUUGUAUCAUCUUCAGAGGAGAAAAACAAGAAAAUAAGCAUCGUCACAGACACGGCCGUGGACGUAGAGAUCGAGGAACUCGAACUCACUGAUGCCGGGUUGAGCCCAAUACAACCCGAUGAAGCUGAUGUAACCGCAGAUUUUCAACUGACAGAAGAGGAUGUCCAGUAUACACACAUUGGAACUAGUCCAGUAGAUUUCGAAGACCACUCCAUGUCUGCGACAUUCGACACAUCUGAGGCGGCCACGUUAACCGAUCGGAUUGAAACGAAAGACGCAUCAAACAGCCCACUGGAUGCAAACAUUACAUCCAUCCUUAAGCGAGAUAUAACGAAAAUAACUGAUGAAGAGUUACUCACUGGUCGACGUGGUUCGGGUGAUGUGAAGGCAAAGGUAAAAAUACUUGAACAAAACCAAAAAAUUCAAAGUGCACAAAGCUCCCCCAAGAAAAAAGUAGAGUUCGAAGACCACCAAUUAAAAAUUUCAGAAAUUCAGGAAUCACCAAAAAAACAGAAAAUUGCCUCGGCCAAAAUAAGCGAAUUGAAGAGAAUAUUCGGUGAAGAGAAGGAACCAGAAGAAUCUAAUAUUAUGUCUGAUUCGAUUCCUCCCAUUCACGAGGUCAUAAAACAGCUGGAGAAACGUAUAGCUGUCGAGCAAAUUGACAAGAAAAUUAUCGAUCAGAUAGACGCUUCAGCCAUUCGUACACUGCCACCUCCUAUUAAAAAAGAAAUCCUCAGCGAAUGUGAGGUGGCCGAUAUAGAAGCUCAGAUAAUCCCUGCCGAACAGAUAAAACCAACAAAGGCUCCGGCAUUAUUGGAACAAACAGAAGAAGAACUGAAGAUAACCAAAUUAGUUCACGGUACACAGAUGCUCGGAUUACAAGAACAGCAUAAGCGUCAGCUAGAGGAAGAACACCAAAUAGCAGAAGCAAUGGCCAAAAUGGAAGAACCAGUUUGUGAGGUGAUGGUCUGUAAGAAAUAUGUUCCAGGUCUCACCGAGGACUAUUCGGAAGAUUUCGAGCAAAAACGAGCUAACGAUUUAAUAAAAAUGUUCGAAAAUAAGCAAUCUCCAUCAAAAACUUCAUCACGAAGCCCAAAAAUCGCACGUCUUAGACCAGACGAUUCGUCUAAAGCAAUGCUGUCAGCGAUAGAAGUCGAGAAAACAAUCCACAGUCACACAAUAGUGGCCAAAUCUGAUGAAUCAGAGCGAGAAAGAAAGAUCAUCGAACUGGAUCAGCUGGAAUCCAAAACACAAUCCAUUGGAAAGCUAUACAUAACAAAAAGAAAAGUAACAACAUCAGAGGAACUAUCCGAACGAGAAGCAGAAAGUGAACAUCACCAUGAAUCGGAAAUUGUUGCGCAAUAUGAGGAAAAGUUUAGACAAGGUGACAUUUCGAAGCUCAACAAAAAUCUAUUAAAAAUGUUCGAUACAAGUCCAAGAAUCGAAACUGAAUCGGAACGAGCAAAAACAAAACAGGAAACGUCCCUUUUCAUUGACGAUACCGAUAAAAAAACGUUUCGGCCGAAGAGCGAAGCGUUAGCAUACUCACCUGAAAAAGUACCUAUCAAAAGCUCAGUCGCGGACAUGAAAGCACGAUUUGACAGGUUAUCUCAAGAAGACAGCGAUGACCGUAUAUCACAUUCGCAAGCAACAAUACAAAAAGAUGAACCAAAGGAAGAACUACUCGAACCCAUUUCAGCUGACAUUCAAGUCAGCACAAAAUCAAUUUCGCCAGUGACUGAAAUCAAGCCUGCCGAAGCUGAGAAACCAAAUUCCCUAGUGACUGAUGUCAAACAUGAACAACCAGAGAAACCAUUUUUGACAGAGAUCAAACCUGACGAAACUGAGAAACCAAUUUCGCGAGUCACUGAGAUCAAAACUUUCGAUGCUAAGAAAUCCAUUACGCCGAUGACUGAGAUCAAACCUGUUGAAGCUGAGAAACCAAUUUCCCUAGUGACUAAUGUCCAACAUGAAGGACCAGAGAAACCAAUUUCGCCAAAACCAAUUUCGCCAGUGACUGGAAUCAAGCCUGUCGGAGAUGAGAAACCAAUUUCGCCAGUGACUAAGAUCAAACCAGUCGAAGCUGAGAAACCAAUCUCGCCAGUGACAGAGAUCAAAUCUGUCGAAGCUGAGAAACCAAUUUCGCCAGUGACUGAGAUCAAGCAUGUCGAAACUGAGAAACCAAUUUCGCCAGUGACUGAGAUCAAACCAGUCGAAGUACCUGAGAUCAAGCCUAUCGAAGCUGAGAAAGCAAUUUCGCCAUUGACUGAGAUCAAACCGAUCGAAGCUGAGAAACCAAUUUCACCAGUUACUGAGAUCGAACCUGUUGAAGCUGAGAAACCAAUUUCGCCAGUGACUAAGGUCAAACCAGUGGCAGCUGAGAAACCAAUUUCGCCAAAACCAAUUUCGCCAGUGACAGAGGUAAAACCAGUCGAAGCUGAGAAACCAAUUUCGCCAGUGAGUGAGAUUAAACCUGCCGAAACUGACAAACCAAUUUCACCAGUGAGUAAGAUCACACCUGUCGAAGCAGAGAAACCAAUUUCGCCAGCGAGUGAGAUCAAAUCUGUCCAAGCUGAGACACCAAUUUCGCCAGCGACUGAGAUCAAACCUGUCGAAGCUGAGAAACUAAUUUCGUCAGUGAUUACUGAGAUCGAACCUGUUGAAGCUGAGAAACCAAUUUCGCCAGUGACUAAGGUCAAACCAGUGGCAGCUGAGAAACCAAUUUCGCCAGUUACUAAGGUCAAACCAGUCGAAGCAAAGAAACCAAUUUCGCCAGUGACUGAGAUCAAGCCUGUUGAAGCAGAAAAACCAAUUUCGCCAGUGACAGAGGUAAAACCAGUCGAAGCUGAGAAACCAAUUUCGCCAGUGAGUGAGAUUAAACCUGCCGGAACUGACAAACCAAUUUCGAAAGUGAGUAAGAUCACACCUGUCGAAGCAGAGAAACCAAUUUCGCCAGCGAGUGAGAUCAAAUCUGUCCAAGCUGAGACACCAAUUUCGCCAGCGACUGAGAUCAAACCUGUCGAAGCUGAGAAACCAAUUUCGUCAGUGAUUACUGAGAUCGAACCUGUUGAAGCUGAGAAACCAAUUUCGCCAGUGACUAAGGUCAAACCAGUGGCAGCUGAGAAACCAAUUUCGCCAGUUACUAAGAUCAAACCAGUCGAAGCAAAGAAACCAAUUUCGCCAGUGACUGAGAUCAAGCCUGUUGAAGCAGAAAAACCAAUUUCGCCAGUGACAGAGGUAAAACCAGUCGAAGCUGAGAAACCAAUUUCGCCAGUGAGUGAGAUUAAACCUGCCGGAACUGACAAACCAAUUUCGAAAGUGAGUAAGAUCACACCUGUCGAAGCAGAGAAACCAAUUUCGCCAGCGAGUGAGAUCAAAUCUGUCCAAGCUGAGACACCAAUUUCGCCAGCGACUGAGAUCAAACCUGUCGAAGCUGAGAAACCAAUUUCGUCAGUGACUGAGAAACCAAUUUCGCCAAUGAGUGAGAUCACACCUGUCGAAGCAGAGAAACCAAUUUCGCCAGUGACUGAGAUCAAACCUGUCGAAGCUGAGAAACCAAUUUCGUCAGUGAGUGAGAUCAAGCCUGUUGAAGAAGAGAAACCAAUUCCGCCUGUGACUGAAAUCAAGCAUGUCGAAAUUGAGAAGCCAAUUUCGCUAGUGAGUGAGAUCAAACCUGUCGAAGCUGAGAAAUCAAUUUCGCCAAUGACUGAGAUCAAGCCUGUUGAAGCAGAGAAACCAAUUUCGUCAGUGACUGUUAUCAAACCUAUCGAAGCUGAGACACCAAUUUCGCCAGCGACUGAGAUCAAACCUGUCGAAGCUGAGAAACCAAUUUCGUCAGUGAGUGAGAUCAAACCUGUCGAAGCUAAGAAACCAAUUUCGCCAGUGACUGAGAUCAAACCUGUCGAAGCUGAGAAACCAAUUUCGCCAGUGAGUGAGAUCAAACCUGUCGAAGCUAAGAAACCAAUUCCGCCAGUGACUGUUAUCAAACCUAUCGAAGCUGAGAAACCAAUUUCGCCAAUGACUGAGGUCAAACCAGUCGAAGCUGAGAAACCAAUUUCGCCAGUUACUGAGAUUAAACCUGCCGAAACUGACAAACCAAUUUCGCCAGUGAGUGAGAUCACACCUGUCGAAGCAGAGAAACCAAUUUCGCCAGUGACUGAGAUCAAACCUGUUGAAGCAGAAAAACCAAUUUCGCCAGUGACAGAGGUAAAACCAGUCGAAGCUGAGAAACCAAUUUCGCCAGUGAGUGAGAUUAAACCUGCCGGAACUGACAAACCAAUUUCGAAAGUGAGUAAGAUCACACCUGUCGAAGCAGAGAAACCAAUUUCGCCAGCGAGUGAGAUCAAAUCUGUCCAAGCUGAGACACCAAUUUCGCCAGCGACUGAGAUCAAACCUGUCGAAGCUGAGAAACCAAUUUCGUCAGUGAGUGAGAUCAAACCUGUCGAAGCUGAGAAACCAAUUUCGUCAGUGACUGAGAUCAAACCUGUCGAAGCUGAGAAACCAAUUUCGCCAGUGAGUGAGAUCAAACCUGUCGAAGCUGAGAAACCAAUUCCGCCAGUGACUGUUAUCAAACCUAUCGAAGCUGAGAAACCAAUUUCGCCAAUGACUGAGGUCAAACCAGUCGAAGCUGAGAAACCAAUUUCGCCAGUUACUGAGAUUAAACCUGCCGAAACUGACAAACCAAUUUCGCCAGUGAGUGAGAUCACACCUGUCGAAGCAGAGAAACCAAUUUCGCCAGUGACUGAGAUCAAACCUGUCGAAGCUGAGACACCAAUUUCGCCAGUGACUGAGAUCAAACCUGUCGAAGCUGAGAAACCAAUUUCGCCAAUGAGUGAGAUCACACCUGUCGAAGCAGAGAAACCAAUUUCGUCAGUGAGUGAGAUCAAGCCUGUUGAAGAAGAGAAACCAAUUUCGCCUGUGACUGAAAUCAAGCAUGUCGAAAUUGAGAAGCCAAUUUCGCUAGUGAGUGAGAUCGAACCUGUCGAAGCUGAGAAAUCAAUUUCGCCAAUGACUGAGAUCAAGCCUGUUGAAGCAGAGAAACCAAUUUCGCCAGUGACUGAGGUCAAACCAGUCGAAGCUGAGAAACCAAUUUCGCCAGUUACUGAGAUUAAACCUGCCGAAACUGACAAACCAAUUUCGCCAGUGACUGAGAUCAAACCUGUCGAAGCUGAGAAACCAAUUUCGUCAGUGAGUGAGAUCAAGCCUGUUGAAGAAGAGAAACCAAUUUCGCCUGUGACUGAAAUCAAGCAUGUCGAAAUUGAGAAGCCAAUUUCGCUAGUGAGUGAGAUCGAACCUGUCGAAGCUGAGAAAUCAAUUUCGCCAAUGACUGAGAUCAAGCCUGUUGAAGCAGAGAAACCAAUUUCGCCAGUGACUGAGGUCAAACCAGUCGAAGCUGAGAAACCAAUUUCGCCAGUUACUGAGAUUAAACCUGCCGAAACUGACAAACCAAUUUCGCCAGUGAGUGAGAUCACACCUGUCGAAGCAGAGAAACCAAUUUCGCCAGUGACUGAGAUCAAACCUGUCGAAGCUGAGACACCAAUUUCGCCAGUGACUGAGAUCAAACCUGUCGAAGCUGAGAAACCAAUUUCGCCAAUGAGUGAGAUCACACCUGUCGAAGCAGAGAAACCAAUUUCGUCAGUGAGUGAGAUCAAGCCUGUUGAAGAAGAGAAACCAAUUUCGCCUGUGACUGAAAUCAAGCAUGUCGAAAUUGAGAAGCCAAUUUCGCUAGUGAGUGAGAUCGAACCUGUCGAAGCUGAGAAAUCAAUUUCGCCAAUGACUGAGAUCAAGCCUGUUGAAGCAGAGAAACCAAUUUCGCCAGUGACUGAGGUCAAACCAGUCGAAGCUGAGAAACCAAUUUCGCCAGUUACUGAGAUUAAACCUGCCGAAACUGACAAACCAAUUUCGCCAGUGACUGAGAUCAAACCUGUCGAAGCUGAGAAACCAAUUUCGUCAGUGAGUGAGAUCAAGCCUGUUGAAGAAGAGAAACCAAUUUCGCCUGUGACUGAAAUCAAGCAUGUCGAAAUUGAGAAGCCAAUUUCGCUAGUGAGUGAGAUCGAACCUGUCGAAGCUGAGAAAUCAAUUUCGCCAAUGACUGAGAUCAAGCCUGUUGAAGCAGAGAAACCAAUUUCGCCAGUGACUGAGGUCAAACCAGUCGAAGCUGAGAAACCAAUUUCGCCAGUUACUGAGAUUAAACCUGCCGAAACUGACAAACCAAUUUCGCCAGUGAGUGAGAUCACACCUGUCGAAGCAGAAAAGCCAAUUCCGCCAGUGACUGAGAUCAAACCUGUCGAAGCUGAGAAACCAAUUUCGUCAGUGAGUGAGAUCAAGCCUGUUGAAGAAGAGAAACCAAUUUCGCCUGUGACUGAAAUCAAGCAUGUCGAAAUUGAGAAGCCAAUUUCGCUAGUGAGUGAGAUCAAACCUGUCGAAGCUGAGAAAUCAAUUUCGCCAAUGACUGUGAUCAAACCUGUCGAAGCUAAGACAGCAAUUUCGCCAGUGACUGAUAUCAAACCUGUCGAAGCUGAGAAACCAAUUUCGCCAUUGACUGAGAUCGAACCUGCCGAAGCUGAGGAACCAAUUUCGCCAGUGAGUAAGAUCAAACCUGUCGAAGCUGAGAAACCAAUUUCGCCAGUGACUGAGAUCAAACCUAUCGAAGCCGAGAAACUAAUUUCGCCAGUGACUGAGAUUAAACCUGUUGAAGGUAAGAAACCAAUUUCGCCAGUGACUGAAAUCAAGCCUGUCAAAGAUGAGAAACCAAUAUCGCCAGUGAGUGAGAUCAAACCAGUCGAAGCUGAGAAACCAAUUUCGCCAGUGACUGAGAUCAAACCUGUCGAAUCUGAGAAACCAAUUUCGACAGUGACUGAGGUCAAGCCUGUCAAGGCGGAGAAACCAAUUUCGCCAGUGACUGAGAUCAAACCUGUCGAAGCUGAGAAACCAAUUUCUUUAAUGACUGAUGUCAAACAUGAAGAACCAGACAAACCAAUUUCGCCAGUUACUGAGAUCAAACCUGCCGAAGCUGAGAAACCAAUUUCGCCAAUGACUGAGAUCAAACCUGUCGAAGCUGAGAAACCAAUUUCGUCAGUGAGUGAGAUCAAACCUGUCGAAUCUGAGAAAACAAUUUCGCCAGUGACUGUUAUCAAACCUAUCGAAACUGAGAAACCAAUUUCGCCAGUGACUGAGAUCAAACCUGUCGAAGCUGAGAAACCAAUUUCGCCAGUGACUGAGAUCAAACCUGUCGAAGCUGAGAAACCAAUUUCUUUAGUGACUGAUGUCAAACAUGAAGAACCAGAGAAACCAAUUUCGCCAGUUAAUGAGAUCAAACCUGCUGAAGCUGAGAAACCAAUUUCGCCAAUGACUGAGAUCAAACCUGUCGAAGCUGAGAAACCAAUUUCGUCAGUGAGUGAGAUCAAACCUGUCGAAUCUGAGAAACCAAUUUCGCCAGUGACUGUUAUCAAACCUAUCGAAGCUGAGAAACCGAUUUCGCAAGUGACUGCGGUCGAACACGAAGAAUCAGAGAAACCAGAUUCAUCUGUGACUGAGGUAGAGCGCGUCGAGUAUGAGAAACAAGUGAUAGUACUGACUGAUAAAAUCAUUUCGAUUAGAAAGCAAGUUACACAUCUGAAAUCAGAAGAAGCUAUUCUAAGGAUCCAAGAGAGCAGAAGUGAUGGAACAAAGGAAACAAUCUCGGAAGUAACUGAUGUUAAACAUUAUGAGGCAAAGAAACCAAUUUCGCCAAUGACUGACAUCAAGCCUGUCAAAGCUGGGAAACCAAUUUCACCAGUGACUGAGAUCAAACCAGUCGAAGUUGAGGAACCAAUUUCGCCAGUGACUGAGAUCAAACCUGCCGAAGCUGAGAAACCAAUUUCGCCAGUGACUGAGAUCAAGCCUGUCGAAGCUGAGAGACCAAUUUCGACAUUGACUGAGAUCAAGCCUGUCGAAGCUGAGAAACCAAUUUCACCAGUGACUGAGGUCAAACCAGUCGAAGCAAAGAAACCAAUUUCGCCAGUGACUGAGAUCAAGCCUGUUGAAGCAGAGAAACCAAUUUCGCCAGUGACAGAGGUAAAACCAGUCGAAGCUGAGAAACCAAUUUCGCCAGUGAGUGAGAUUAAACCUGCCGAAACUGACAAACCAAUUUCACCAGUGAGUAAGAUCACACCUGUCGAAGCAGAGAAACCAAUUUCGCCAGCGAGUGAGAUCAAAUCUGUCCAAGCUGAGACACCAAUUUCGCCAGCGACUGAGAUCAAACCUGUCGAAGCUGAGAAACUAAUUUCGUCAGUGAGUGAGAUCAAACCUGUCGAAGCUGAGAAACCAAUUUCGCCAGUGACUGAGAUCAAACCUGUCGAAGCUGAGAAACCAAUUUCGCCAGUGAGUGAGAUCAAACCUGUCGAAGCUGAGAAACCAAUUCCGCCAGUGACUGUUAUCAAACCUAUCGAAGCUGAGAAACCAAUUUCGCCAAUGACUGAGGUCAAACCAGUCGAAGCUGAGAAACCAAUUUCGCCAGUGACUGAGAUCAAACCUAUCGAAGCUGAGAAACCAAUUUCGCCAGUGACUGAGAUCAAGCCUGUCGAAGCUGAGAAAGCAAUUUCGCCAGUGACUGAGAUCAAACCGAUCGAAGCUGAGAAACCAAUUUCACCAGUUACUGAGAUCGAACCUGUUGAAGCUGAGAAACCAAUUUCGCCAGUGACUAAGGUCAAACCAGUGGCAGCUGAGAAACCAAUUUCGCCAGUUACUAAGGUCAAACCAGUCGAAGCAAAGAAACCAAUUUCGCCAGUGACUGAGAUAAAGCCUGUUGAAGCAGAAAAACCAAUUUCGCCAGUGACAGAGGUAAAACCAGUCGAAGCUGAGAAACCAAUUUCGCCAGUGAGUGAGAUUAAACCUGCCGGAACUGACAAACCAAUUUCGAAAGUGAGUAAGAUCACACCUGUCGAAGCAGAGAAACCAAUUUCGCCAGCGAGUGAGAUCAAAUCUGUCCAAGCUGAGACACCAAUUUCGCCAGCGACUGAGAUCAAACCUGUCGAAGCUGAGAAACUAAUUUCGUCAGUGAGUGAGAUCAAACCUGUCGAAGCUGAGAAACCAAUUUCGCCAGUGACUGAGAUCAAACCUGUCGAAGCUGAGAAACCAAUUUCGCCAGUGAGUGAGAUCAAACCUGUCGAAGCUGAGAAACCAAUUCCGCCAGUGACUGUUAUCAAACCUAUCGAAGCUGAGAAACCAAUUUCGCCAAUGACUGAGGUCAAACCAGUCGAAGCUGAGAAACCAAUUUCGCCAGUGACUGAGAUCAAACCUAUCGAAGCUGAGAAACCAAUUUCGCCAGUGACUGAGAUCAAGCCUGUCGAAGCUGAGAAAGCAAUUUCGCAAGUGACUGAGAUCAAACCGAUCGAAGCUGAGAAACCAAUUUCACCAGUUACUGAGAUCGAACCUGUUGAAGCUGAGAAACCAAUUUCGCCAGUGACUAAGGUCAAACCAGUGGCAGCUGAGAAACCAAUUUCGCCAGUUACUAAGGUCAAACCAGUCGAAGCAAAGAAACCAAUUUCGCCAGUGACUGAGAUCAAGCCUGUUGAAGCAGAAAAACCAAUUUCGCCAGUGACAGAGGUAAAACCAGUCGAAGCUGAGAAACCAAUUUCGCCAGUGAGUGAGAUUAAACCUGCCGGAACUGACAAACCAAUUUCGAAAGUGAGUAAGAUCACACCUGUCGAAGCAGAGAAACCAAUUUCGCCAGCGAGUGAGAUCAAAUCUGUCCAAGCUGAGACACCAAUUUCGCCAGCGACUGAGAUCAAACCUGUCGAAGCUGAGAAACCAAUUUCGUCAGUGACUGAGAAACCAAUUCCGCCAGUGACUGUUAUCAAACCUAUCGAAGCUGAGAAACCAAUUUCGCCAGUGAGUGAGAUCACACCUGUCGAAGCAGAGAAACCAAUUUCGCCAGUGACUGAGAUCAAACCAGUCGAAGCUGAGAAACCAAUUUCGCCAGUGACUGAGAUCAAACCUAUCGAAGCUGAGAAACCAAUUUCGCCAGUGACUGAGAUCAAGCCUGUCGAAGCUGAGAGAGCAAUUUCGCCAGUGACUGAGAUCAAACCGAUCGAAGCUGAGAAACCAAUUUCACCAGUUACUGAGAUCGAACCUGUUGAAGCUGAGAAACCAAUUUCGCCAGUGACUAAGGUCAAACCAGUGGCAGCUGAGAAACCAAUUUCGCCAGUUACUAAGGUCAAACCAGUCGAAGCAAAGAAACCAAUUUCGCCAGUGACUGAGAUCAAGCCUGUUGAAGCAGAAAAACCAAUUUCGCCAGUGACAGAGGUAAAACCAGUCGAAGCUGAGAAACCAAUUUCGCCAGUGAGUGAGAUUAAACCUGCCGGAACUGACAAACCAAUUUCGAAAGUGAGUAAGAUCACACCUGUCGAAGCAGAGAAACCAAUUUCGCCAGCGAGUGAGAUCAAAUCUGUCCAAGCUGAGACACCAAUUUCGCCAGCGACUGAGAUCAAACCUGUCGAAGCUGAGAAACCAAUUUCGUCAGUGAGUGAGAUCAAACCUGUCGAAGCUGAGAAACCAAUUUCGCCAAUGACUGAGAUCAAACCUGUCGAAGCUGAGAAACCAAUUUCGCCAGUGAGUGAGAUCAAACCUGUCGAAGCUGAGAAACCAAUUUCGCCAGUUACUGAGAUUAAACCUGCCGAAACUGACAAACCAAUUUCGCCAAUGACUGAGAUCAAACCUGUCGAAGCUGAGAAACCAAUUUCGCCAGUGAGUGAGAUCAAACCUGUCGAAGCUGAGAAACCAAUUUCGCCAGUGACUGUUAUCAAACCUAUCGAAGCUGAGAAACCAAUUUCGCCAAUGACUGAGGUCAAACCAGUCGAAGCUGAGAAACCAAUUUCGCCAGUUACUGAGAUUAAACCUGCCGAAACUGACAAACCAAUUUCGCCAGUGAGUGAGAUCACACCUGUCGAAGCAGAGAAACCAAUUUCGCCAGUGACUGAGAUCAAACCUGUCGAAGCUGAGACACCAAUUUCGCCAGUGACUGAGAUCAAACCUGUCGAAGCUGAGAAACCAAUUUCGCCAAUGAGUGAGAUCACACCUGUCGAAGCAGAGAAACCAAUUUCGCCAGUGACUGAGAUCAAACCUGUCGAAGCUGAGAAACCAAUUUCGUCAGUGAGUGAGAUCAAGCCUGUUGAAGAAGAGAAACCAAUUCCGCCUGUGACUGAAAUCAAGCAUGUCGAAAUUGAGAAGCCAAUUUCGCUAGUGAGUGAGAUCAAACCUGUCGAAGCUGAGAAAUCAAUUUCGCCAAUGACUGAGAUCAAGCCUGUUGAAGCAGAGAAACCAAUUUCGCCAGUGACUGUUAUCAAACCUAUCGAAGCUGAGACACCAAUUUCGCCAGCGACUGAGAUCAAACCUGUCGAAGCUGAGAAACCAAUUUCGUCAGUGAGUGAGAUCAAACCUGUCGAAGCUAAGAAACCAAUUUCGCCAGUGACUGAGAUCAAACCUGUCGAAGCUGAGAAACCAAUUUCGCCAGUGAGUGAGAUCAAACCUGUCGAAGCUAAGAAACCAAUUCCGCCAGUGACUGUUAUCAAACCUAUCGAAGCUGAGAAACCAAUUUCGCCAAUGACUGAGGUCAAACCAGUCGAAGCUGAGAAACCAAUUUCGCCAGUUACUGAGAUUAAACCUGCCGAAACUGACAAACCAAUUUCGCCAGUGAGUGAGAUCACACCUGUCGAAGCAGAGAAACCAAUUUCGCCAGUGACUGAGAUCAAACCUGUUGAAGCAGAAAAACCAAUUUCGCCAGUGACAGAGGUAAAACCAGUCGAAGCUGAGAAACCAAUUUCGCCAGUGAGUGAGAUUAAACCUGCCGGAACUGACAAACCAAUUUCGAAAGUGAGUAAGAUCACACCUGUCGAAGCAGAGAAACCAAUUUCGCCAGCGAGUGAGAUCAAAUCUGUCCAAGCUGAGACACCAAUUUCGCCAGCGACUGAGAUCAAACCUGUCGAAGCUGAGAAACCAAUUUCGUCAGUGAGUGAGAUCAAACCUGUCGAAGCUGAGAAACCAAUUUCGUCAGUGACUGAGAUCAAACCUGUCGAAGCUGAGAAACCAAUUUCGCCAGUGAGUGAGAUCAAACCUGUCGAAGCUGAGAAACCAAUUCCGCCAGUGACUGUUAUCAAACCUAUCGAAGCUGAGAAACCAAUUUCGCCAAUGACUGAGGUCAAACCAGUCGAAGCUGAGAAACCAAUUUCGCCAGUUACUGAGAUUAAACCUGCCGAAACUGACAAACCAAUUUCGCCAGUGAGUGAGAUCACACCUGUCGAAGCAGAGAAACCAAUUUCGCCAGUGACUGAGAUCAAACCUGUCGAAGCUGAGACACCAAUUUCGCCAGUGACUGAGAUCAAACCUGUCGAAGCUGAGAAACCAAUUUCGCCAAUGAGUGAGAUCACACCUGUCGAAGCAGAGAAACCAAUUUCGCCAGUGACUGAGAUCAAACCUGUCGAAGCUGAGAAACCAAUUUCGUCAGUGAGUGAGAUCAAGCCUGUUGAAGAAGAGAAACCAAUUUCGCCUGUGACUGAAAUCAAGCAUGUCGAAAUUGAGAAGCCAAUUUCGCUAGUGAGUGAGAUCGAACCUGUCGAAGCUGAGAAAUCAAUUUCGCCAAUGACUGAGAUCAAGCCUGUUGAAGCAGAGAAACCAAUUUCGCCAGUGACUGAGGUCAAACCAGUCGAAGCUGAGAAACCAAUUUCGCCAGUUACUGAGAUUAAACCUGCCGAAACUGACAAACCAAUUUCGCCAGUGAGUGAGAUCACACCUGUCGAAGCAGAAAAGCCAAUUCCGCCAGUGACUGAGAUCAAACCUGUCGAAGCUGAGAAACCAAUUUCGUCAGUGAGUGAGAUCAAGCCUGUUGAAGAAGAGAAACCAAUUUCGCCUGUGACUGAAAUCAAGCAUGUCGAAAUUGAGAAGCCAAUUUCGCUAGUGAGUGAGAUCAAACCUGCUGAGAAACCAAUUUCGCCAAUGAUGACUGAGGUCAAGCCUAUCGAAGCCGAGAAACCACUUUCGCCAGUGACUGUGAUCAAACCUGUCGAAGCUAAGAAGAGACUAAUUUCGCCAAUGACUGAGAUUAAACCUGUUGAAGCUGAGAAACCAAUUUCGUCAGUUAGUGAGAUCAAACCUGUCGAAGCUGAGAAACCAAUUUCGCCAGUGACUGAAAUCAAGCAUGCCGAAAUUGAGAAACCGAUUUCGCAAGUGACUGCGGUCGAACACGAAGAAUCAGAGAAACCAGAUUCAUCUGUGACUGAGGUAGAGCGCGUCGAAUAUGAGAAACAAGUGAUAGUACUGACUGAUAAAAUCAUUUCGAUUAGAAAGCAAGCUACACAUCUGAAAUCAGAAGAAGCUAUUCUAACGAUCCAAGAGAGCAGAAGUGAUGGAACAAAGGAAACAAUCUCGGAAGUAACUGAUGUUAAACAUUAUGAGGCAGAGAAACCAAUUUCGCCUAUGACUGAGAUCAAGCCUGUCAAAGCUGGGAAACCAAUUUCACCAGUGACUGAGGUCAAACCAGUCGAAGUUGAGGAACCAAUUUCGCCAAUCAAACCUGUCGAAGCUGAGAAACCAAUUUCCCCAGUGAGUACGAUCAAACCUGUCGAAGCUGAGAAACCAAUUUCGCCAGUGACUGAAAUCAAACAUGUCGAAGCUGAUAAACCAAUUUCACCAGUGACUGAGAUCAAACCAGUCGCAGCUGAGAAACCAAUUUCGCCAGUGACUGAGAUCAAACCUAUCGAUGCAGAGAAACCAAUUUCGCCAGUAACUGAGAUAAAGCCUGUCGAAGCUGAGAAACAAAUUUCGCCAGUGACUGAUGUCAAACAUGAAGAACCAGAGAAACCAAUUUCGCCAAGAAACCAAUUUCGCCAGUGA